UCCAAAGCAGAGAAACACGAGGCUGCUCCAAAGCACGUGGGGAAAAAAACAGCAUUCAACAAUAACAGAAGGUCAAGAUGGAUUUUGUGUUGGAGGAGGGAGACGAAGAUGCAGCCGUUCAGUUCAUGAUUCAACAAAGUCUCAUCGAAAGCCGACCAAAAGAACUUCAGACCCCCCACACCAGUUGUGAUGCAGGUGAAAAUCUGAUCUUCACUGCAAUAAGAAAAGGAAAUGAAAAGCUACUCAAGAAGUUGUGUGUGACUUACAAGGGUCAGUUCGAUCAAUCAGACGCCAGAGGAUGGACCCCUCUUCAUGAGGCCGCGGCUCAGACCAAUCACACCAUCCUUGAACUUACCCUAAAAGCAAUGGGGCGGGACUUCCUGGAGCGUCGAUCUGUGACUGGUCAGACCCCAUUGCAUGUGUCAGUUGAGAAAGGGUUCAUUGAAAACACUACGCUUCUGCUAAAACAUGGAGCAAAUCCGGAUGCACCUGACGAGGACGAGGAUACGCCCAUGUUCACAGCGAUCCGCUUGGGCCGCUCUGACCUGGUGGAACUGUUGUUGAGCUCUGGCUCUAGAGUGAACCAGGAGGGCUGUCAUGGCCGCUGCCCGUUGCACGAGGCCUCGAAGCUGGGUAACUCCACUCUGGUCGACCUGCUAUUGAAGAGUGGAGCCAGGCCCGACCCCCGCAGCCACUAUGGACUCACUCCUCUCGCCCUCGCUGCUCAGGGGAGCCACCGGGCGGUGAUAGAGAGCUUGCUCCGGAAAGGAGCUGAUGUUCUGUCCCAGGCCAAUGACGAGGCAUCCAUUUUGUUCGAGGCAUCUGCACACGGGGACCCAGAGAUGAUCCGACUGUUACUCGAGUAUGGAGCAGACCCAAACGUGCCCAAACACUCUGGACACCUGCCCAUCCACAGAGUUGCUCACAGAGGACACCUACAGGCUUUGAAGCUCCUGAUCCCGGUGACCUCCAUGUCUGAAGUGGCGGACAGUGGAAUGAGCCCUCUCCACUCUGCAGCAGCAGGAGGACACACCCACUGCAUAAAGGCUUUGCUGGAGGCGGGGUAUGACCCGAAUUACAUGCUGCACCCAUGGGUCCGUCGUGGCUAUGACGAUGAGAGGAAGUCCGCCCUGUUCUUUGCCGUCUCCAACAAUGAUGUCCCAUCAGCCCAAGCUCUUCUAGAGGGCGGAGCUAUGGCCAAUCAGGACCCCAUCAAGUGCCUGCAGGUGGCGCUGCGUCUAGGGAACUAUGAGCUGAUCCAUCUGCUGCUCCGCUUUGGGGCAAAUGUGAACUACUUCUGUAAAGUCAACACCACACACUUCCCCUCAGCCCUGCAGUACACUAUAAAGGAUGAGGUGAUGAUGAGGAUGCUGUGUAAUUUCGGGUAUGAUGUUCAAAAGUGUUUUGAUUGUCCGUACGGCAGUGGCUCUCACAUCCCACUGAACUACGAAGGCUGGAGCGACGCUGUUAUCAAAGACACUAUGUUCUGUGAGGUCAUUUGCGUCUCAUCGAUGAGAUACCUCACUGGCCAUGUGGUCCGCAUCUUAUUGGAUUACCUGGACCAUGUGACCUUCUGCUCCAAACUGAAGGCGGCUCUGAUGGAGACCCAAGUGUGGCCCGAGAUCUGCACCAUUCAAGAAAACCCGCGUUCACUGCAGCAUUUGUGUCGCCUCAGAAUCCGCCGUUGCCUGGGGCGACUGCGGCUCCGAUCGGCCACAUUCAUGAGUUUUCUGUCACUGCCAAAAAGACUCAAAGACUUCAUCCUGUUCAAAGAGUACGAGCUCUACAAGGGGCCGGGCUGAGGGGUACAGAAGAAUAGUUAUAAUUUAAGCUUUGAGUUGUAUUUGUAUCAUCAUUUGUGUCAGGAUGACCACCAAGUUCCUUAUUUAUAUCUCAUUGAUUUUCCGGCUUUAUUCACGCAUAAGCGUCUGUGCAUACUUCUAGUCAUUUUUCCAGGAAGUUGCACAAUCAAAAAUGUCAGGAAAUCAGUUCUGGCUUUGUUCACACAUGACCCUUUUCUUGUAAAAUGCAGGUAAAUUCCCAGGUCAGGCUGCAUGUGUGAAUUAGGCUUAUUACAACCAUUUAGUCCUGUCACUUGUCCCACAUACCAUAAAUAUUACAAACAAACACGUUUUUAGGGGGUGUCUUUGUGAGUUGUAAUAAGAUCUAAUGCCAUUCCAAAAUAUCUAAAUGUGUUUUUAGGAAUGAACAUUGAACAUCAUGUUGUUUUAAAGGAGUCUUUAUCUAUAAGCCUAAAUCUAUCAUGUCUAUCCCAUCAUGUCCCCACCAAACGUGUCCCACUUUUACUGCUUUGAGUUGGUCACCCAAAUUUGUGUGCAUAAUGAAUGUGUUAAAAGGGGUAUGGUUUCUGACUCUUGCUCUUUAAAAGGACAUGAAUUUGACAUGUCAGCUUUGGCACGUUUAUCUAUUGAAACUACAGUUUUAAAGUAUACUAUAUGACUUUUCUGGUGGAGGGUCUGCCGUUUGCUUAUCUCCUUGUGCAUGUUAUUGCUUUGCUUGGAAUAUUCCACCAUAUGGCAUUAACUUUAUCUAUCUUGCAUUUAUUCAAUAAUGGGCGUAUCUGUUGGUGGUUUUCAGAUUUUAAAAUGUGAUGAUGUCAUGCUCCCAGGCUAAGAACCAGUUUUCCCUAUUGAUUGCAUUGUACUUUGCCUUGAAGUAUCCCAAAGGUAAAUUUAUAAAUGUUUAACUGGAUCAUCUCUUUCUCAUCUCCAUGAAGUUGGAUAUGUUUAAUGCCAUGCUGUGAAACAUUCCAGGCAAAGCAAAAGAGGUUAUGCAUUGAGAUCAUUUUAUUUGAAAAAUGCCCCUCAACAUUCUAACUGAGUGGCACUGAGGCAGAACUAUGAGCAAGUUUACAGACAAAGUGUGUUUUUUGCUUUUUAUUGCGUCAUUUUUGUCCAUGGAGCUAUUCUUUUUGCCCCACAAUAAUAAUUUCUUCAACAUAUGGACUCAGAAACAUUUUAUUUAAGGAGAGAAAGGUUUGUUUCAGCUGUGUCUGAUCCCAAAGUCUGUAUCAGUAUUAAAUGUGUGUGUAGUCUGCAGUGUCCCCAUUGUUUAACUGUUUUCUAUUGUUGACUUGAUUUUCUUGUUUUAGAUGUCAGGUACAAACUAAAUAUUUAGCAGAGUUGUAAACUUUGUAUUUGUGUGAUGUAAUCUGUAUAUCCUCUAUAGCAUCUCCAUGGAGACAAGCAGGUGACAGACCCUUCACUCAAAAAAUUACACUGGGCACCUUUGAGUUUCAAGAAAUAUUUCCGAAAAUUAUUAACUGAACAGUCACACUCAGAAAGAAAGAAUUACUCAACAACAAUAAAUCUACUCUCAUCUUCACAUAUUUUUUAUUAUAAUUUUUUUAUUUCACUUUUUCUGAUUUGGGACUUUCCUCAAAACCUGAACAAAGUAAAGACAAUCCGGCUGCAACUUUGGGACAUUUCAGAGCCUAAAAGUGUCCAAAAAAAUAUAUAUAUAUAAAACACAGCAACAUGUUAAUAUCAAGUACGAUUUUACACACCAAGUUUGUCACAUAUGUUUAAAAUUAACUCAAUUAAAACUGGUUCAAAUUGUAAUUUUGGUUAACUUUUUGAUUUUGGUUUUGCCCUGCGCUGUAAAAAAAAAAAUUCUAAACUGUUUAAAUGACCUGUUGGAAUAAUAAUCUGCUUUGUUGUUAAUGAUUGCACUAGAAAUAAGGUACACUUUUCUACCUGCUUGGUUGAUUUGUUUCCUUAUUUUAAGAUAAAUGCCCCUGAAUCCAGUCAGAAAAGCCAUGCAACAAGUUCAAUAUCACUGGUCAGAUAAAGAGGUAGGGAUAUCACGACCAAUCAUUGUAAGAACACAGAAAUGAGACUUUUAGAAGCAAAAAUUACAUUUCAAUCUAUACUCCUAAAAGAGUUAUUAAGGGAUUAUGUCACAUUAAGAUUGCUUAAUGAUUCAGGUGGUCAGUGAAUUUAUUAACUGUUGUUUGGUCAUGUGUCAAUAACAGUGAUGUUUUUCCUCAAUGAUCGCAACACUGCAGUUUGAUUUCGUGGAAUCCCUAUGCAAAGGACUAACUGUUAAAUCUAUUCGUAAAAUGAGCUAAAUUUCUCAAAACUUCUCAAAACAAGAUUCAUAUUCCAAAUAAAUGUAACUAAUAUAUUUCAAAUGUAACUAAUAUAUUUCAGCAGUAUAAGCUACUCUAGCAGUACCUUACCCUGGUUUGGACACAUUUUAGUCUUAUUUUAUUUUAUUCUAAUGAAAAAAAAACCCCAACAACUUUUGAUUUGACGUCUGUAAUCCAACAUCAACACUUCUUUAGCCCUAGUUUACUCCAGUGUAGGGCUGUGUAAUUAAUUGAAUUUUAAUACAGAUCGAGGUUCAGUAAUUUUAACUUUAACUUUUUAACCAGCAGCCAAUCCUCUGUCAGUAAACCCAGUAAAAUUUUACCUGUUUUUGGAAUGCCAAAUUAUGAAAGUCUGUAUUGUUUAUAUUAAAAAAAAAAUAAAUACUGGAAGCC